AUGGGUGUUACCAUACACACUGUAACCAGAGUGAUCACUCAAGGAGCACCGGCCUUCGAGGAGGUGGCUGUGUAUUUCAGUGAGGGGCAGGGGGCUCUGCUGGACCCCGGUCAGAGAACCCUCUACAGGGUCGUCAUGCAGGAGAAUUACGAGACGGUGACCUCGCUGGGGGGUGCUGAGAUGGUGAAUGAGAAGGAGAAUCCACAGUGGGAAGGUGGUGAGGACGUGGGUCUGCAGGAAACAGUAUUGGGAAGAUCCGAGGGGGAGUUUUAUGAGAAUCGUAAACCAGGAAAAGCUUGUGGAAAUCAGCGCAGGUCAGAGAGGCUUCUGGGAUGCAACCCAGGGAAGAAAACGUGUGAACCCAGAAAUCAUGGUGGAGAUUGCAAGGACCUCAAGGAAACCACAGCCCAGCAGAGAAUGCCCAGAGAGCAGAAAAAAAACACAUGCACCGAGUGUGGGAAAAUCUUUAUUCGGAGGUCACAUCUUAUUUCACAUCAGAAGGUCCACACUGGAGAGAAACCCUACAAGUGCCUUGUCUGUGGGAAAGUUUUCAGUCAGAGCUCAAAUCUUAUUUCCCAUCAGAGGAUCCACACUGGCGAGAAACCCUAUAAGUGCCUUGUCUGUGGGAAAGGUUUUAGUCAUACCGCAAACCUUAUUUCACAUCAGAGGAUCCACACAGGGGAGAAACCCUAUAAAUGCCUUGACUGUGGGAAAGGUUUCAAUCAGGGUUCAAACCUUAUUAGGCAUCAGAGAACCCACACAGGAGAACAACCUUAUAAAUGCCUGGAAUGUGGGAAAAGCUUCAUUCAGAGCUCAGAUCUUAUUAGGCAUGAGAGAACCCACACAGGUGAGAAACCCUACAAAUGUCUUGACUGUGGGAAAAGCUUUGUUCUGAGCUCAGAUCUUAUUUCACAUCAGAGUGCUCACACAGGAGAUAAACCCUAUAAGUGCUUGGACUGUGGGAAAAGUUUCAAUCAGAGUUCAUACCUAAUUUCACAUCAGCGAACGCAUACAGGAGAGAAACCCUAUAAAUGCCUCGAGUGUGGAAAAACAUUCAGCUGGAACUCAAAUCUAAUUUCUCAUCAAAGAACUCACACAGGAGAGAGACCGUAUAAGUGCCUGGACUGUGGGAAAAGGUUUAUUGACAACACAGCCCUUAUUAAACAUCAGAGAAUGCACACAGGAGAGAGACCCUAUAAAUGCCUUGACUGUGGGAAAAGUUUCAGUCGGAAAUCAACCCAUAUUGGACAUCAGAGAAUUCACAGAGGAAAGAAACCUUGAAUAUGGGAGAAGCUUCAGCUGGGGUCAGCUUGUAUCAGGCAUCAGGAAAGUCAGACAGGGAAUAGACCUCUUAAAUAUCUUUUAAUGUGGAAAAUGCUUCAAGUGGAAUUGACAUUAGAGACUCCUCACAGGAGAGAAAUUCUAUCAGUUCCAUCCCUAGGACUGGCCUUAGUUUAUUUUAAAAAAUCCAAUGCCCCUGCACAUAUCUUUGCUUUCAUUCAUGCUAAGUCAGACUCAUGUGGGCUGCAGACCUGGGGGGAGAAUUCAAAUGAAUCCCCCACACCGUGUGAUCGUUCUGAGCUUAAAUUCCAGUUUCCAUCAGAUGGGAAUUUGGGUUUUCUCCUUUCAUUAGGAUGGUGUUAAAACUUUUGUAACCAGCAUUUCAACAUAAGAAGGCGCCGAAUGAAGCAGGUGUCGAUAGUUCAGAGGAGAGUAUGGGUAAGUCUGUUCUCCUGAUUUUGAAUCAACUGGAACAUGCUCUGGGAUGUCACUAUAUAUGAACCUGAAAGUUUCUUAUAGUCCACCCUGUAUUGCGGAUUGUUCUCUAUUUGCUGAAGGCCGUUUGGUCACCUAAUAGUAUAUUAGUUUUGUUUUACAGGACGUAGUGCAGAUUUAGUGGGGACUCCAAAAGACAAAUGACCAUUUGCCAGAAUGCUCUUGGUUUAUUUGUACCAUUUUCCGACCCUUUGCCAUGAGAUCUUAGUGUUAUUUGAACAAUGAUUAUUAUACAUCACCAUCAGCACAAACACUGAUGGGGACAGUGUGAGAGUUGCAGGCCGAGAGGCAGGGACUGAAACAGGGAAGGAAGUUCCUGCCUGAUCCCUGGAGUGACGGGAGAUACAGUCAGGAGAGAGAUAAAGGGCUGGGAAACUACAGGGGUUUCUCUGGAGAACCACACAGCUGAGGCUGAGAAUUGCUAACUUGCUACAUAGGAGCCAGAGAGAGACAGGAACUAGCUUGUGAUCACUGGGUGAAACUGUCCCUGAAUCCCAAAGGGCUACAAAUGACACUGCUUGUGGAGUGAUUUGGGCGCAUCAGUGAUUCCUGGGAGGACGAGACUGAGCAGAGACAGGAAGGAAACUAGUGAAGUCAACAAGCCUGGCCGGCCCUGAGGCCAGCUGACGUCCAUCACUGAGACUGGAGAGCAAUGAGGAGUCUGUGAACCAAGCUUCUCACGCAUACCCCCUCUCUACAGUGUCCUUUACUGAGAUGACAGAGACUCUCUCUCUCUGUCACACUCACCCCACGCAUGCCAAGGACAUCCCAUGGGGAUAAAACCCUCAGCCAGGAUUGGAGGUGCCGCGCCGUUCUCCGGCUCCCGUUAACCCGAGCUCCCUGGCUUUCCAGCUCUCAAAGCAUUUGCUUCUCUGUGACUGAAUCCCGGCAUCUCUAAUGGAUCUUCUGCAUUUUUCUGCCCACUGUACAACGCUGCUCCGUUGCUGAUGCCUGCGGGAGGUGGGAACAGCACCGUGCUGGGCUGGGGCCAAAAUGCUCCGUGCUGAGCUGGGUAUUGGGUGUGGGGAGGAGAGUUUAGCUUUUAUUUCUGGCUUAGAAAGAAUAAAGUCAAAUUUAGUUUCUCAA